CUUCCCAGCUUGCGUGCCGUAUCACGCACAGUGCCAUCGUCCCCAGCUGCUUUGAGAGGAUAUCGGAGGGAAGCCAUCUGUUCCAAUCGAUUCCUACGCACAGUUCAUUCUCUUCUGUAUCUAUUUUCCCGUCAAGAUUUCCCCUGUUUACAGAACACCUUACUUUCGCCUUUCCUCCAUAAGCGAGUGCUGGAUGAACUGAUAUCAGCUGGCCUGAGGAAGUAUCAUGAAUUAUCAAGCAAUAUCUGAUGCGUUGUUUGCUUUCAAUGAUGAUUUUGAAGAUGUCGUCGACCUCGACAAGAUCUUCUUUUGCUUGUCGAUGAAAAAGAUUAUCAAGAAAAAUGAAUGGUUGGAUAUGGUCCAAGAGAAAAGGCCGAAGAGUAAGAAGGAGAAAGUGCUCUUUCUUCAUCAGCAGAUAAGCUGUGCAGGGGAUAAGGCCUUCCCCACUUUAUUGGAGUGUCUCAAGGAGAAUGGAUACGAUGAUAUUGUAUGUAAAGCACUGAAUUUCAUCGAGGGGAAAGACGAAGAAUUCGCCAAAAAACUGCGCGAAGGUCUUGGAUGCAUCCCUGGCGGUGUAGACGUGCGUCCUUCGGGGCCUCAUGGUGCCUCCUUCUCGAUGGCAUCUGUUGGGAAAGGCGCCCCAAUCCAGGAUGCCAAUAAGGUGUAUGAGAUGAAAUCCACUCCACGGGGCCAGGCACUUAUCAUGAAUAUUAGGAAUUUUGAUGCGUUUCCCAAGAGGAACGGCUCAGAAAAAGAUAGGGAGGAUAUCGAAAAACUAUUCAAGAAGUUGAAUUUCUCCGUCACGGUCACGAACAAAGAGUUCGCUGAGAAACGCGGCAGGAACUUGGCGCAGGAAGCUAAAGAAGAUCUCAUGGGCUAUGUGGAGCUUGACGACAUGAAGAAGGAUAUAAAUGAAUUCGCGAAGAAAAAGCACGGCGAUUGUUGCGUCAUUGUCAUCAUGAGUCACGGAUACCAAGGGCCAGCAAUCCAAAAUUCGACGCCCCAGGUGCCAGCUCCCAGAUCCCAGACACGUGGAGAACCUUGUGUCCUUGGUCGAGGGUUUAGGGUCCGAGUCCUGCGUUUUGGAGUAGUGCUCCGAAACUCCGUUAAUGGAAAACAUCACAUGAGAAGUCUGCUCUUCGGCGAACGCCACCUCACGAUUAUUCAAAAGUUUAGCACCGUGGAUGCCCUGAGGGGCAAACCGAAGUUAUUCAUCAUACAGGCAUGCCGGACAGAUGAGGCGCGCUCUUUUGAGGACAUUUGGGGAAAAUACGGAGAAUUUGAUUCGGGAAUCCCGACCGACAGUCUCCAAUCACAAAGUUCCUUCUCUCCUGAUGACACAUUUGUCGCCACUUCCACUUUCCCAUAUCACCCUUCCUACAGGCCCGAGGACGGAUCAUGGUACAUUCAAUCCAUCUGCGAUGUCUUUGAAGCUCAUCAUGGAAGUAUGAACCAAAUGGACUUCAUAAGUCUCAUGAGAGAGGUGCAUGACAAAGUGGCUGACCUGGCUGACAAGGCUGGAGGUCUCAAGCAGCGCCCGCAGCUGGAUAUAAGGGGAAGGUUCAAGCUCUUGUAUUUCUGAUGAGUCUUGUCCAUUUCAAGAAGAAUACAAUCCCUUUGUCCGUUGAAGA